AUUCAGCGCCUUGGGAUACGGAACUGUCGUGCGCGGGCCUUCUAUGCCGUCCUCGCUUUCCGGCUGCUGCCUCUCCACGGCUCUCCCUUACCCCCUCCUCUCCCUGGCGGCGCACUUUGCGGCAGCACCGACAGCCCCACCCCCUUUCUCUGCGGAAUCACCAUGGCGGCUGGGACCCUGUACACAUAUCCUGAAAACUGGAGAGCCUUCAAGGCUCUCAUUGCUGCUCAGUACAGUGGGGCCCAGGUCCGUGUACUCUCCGCACCACCCCACUUCCACUUUGGCCAAACCAACCGCACCCCUGAAUUUCUCCGGAAAUUUCCUGCUGGCAAGGUUCCAGCAUUUGAGGGUGAUGAUGGAUUCUGUGUGUUUGAGAGCAAUGCCAUCGCCUACUAUGUGAGCAAUGAGGAGCUUCGGGGAGGUACUCCAGAGGCAGCAGCCCAGGUGGUGCAGUGGGUGAGCUUUGCUGAUAGUGACAUAGUGCCCCCAGCCAGCACCUGGGUGUUCCCCACCUUAGGCAUCAUGCACCAUAACAAACAGGCCACUGAGAAUGCAAAGGAGGAGGUGAGGCGAAUUUUGGGGCUGCUGGAUGCUCAUCUGAAAACAAGGACUUUCCUGGUGGGCGAACGAGUGACACUGGCUGAUAUCACAGUUGUCUGCACCCUGUUGUGGCUCUAUAAACAGGUUUUGGAGCCUUCUUUCCGCCAGGCUUUCCCCAAUACCAACCGCUGGUUCCUCACCUGCAUUAACCAGCCCCAGUUCCGGGCUGUCUUGGGGGAGGUGAAACUGUGUGAGAAGAUGGCCCAGUUUGAUGCUAAGAAGUUUGCAGAGAGCCAGCCUAAAAAAGAUACCCCACGGAAAGAGAAGGGUUCAAGGGAAGAGAAGCAGAAGGAAAAAGCUUCUGAGCGAAAAGAGGAAAAAAAGGCAGCUGCCUCAGCUCCAGAGGAGGAGAUGGACGAGUGCGAGCAGGCACUGGCUUCUGAGCCCAAGGCCAAGGACCCCUUUGCUCAUCUGCCCAAGAGGUAA